AUGUCAGACGCAGCUCGAUGGAAGGCCACAGUCUAUGUUGGUGGUCUCUCUCAGAUGGCAACUCAGAGUCACGUUCUGGACGCUUUUAUCCCAUUUGGCGAGAUUGUCGAGGUCAAGGUGCCUAAACCUGACACACCAAACUCUACAGAAGCCCACAGAGGCUUCGCAUACGUCGAGUACGAGGAUGCCGCAGAUGCAAAGGAAGCUAUAGACAACAUGGACCAGUCGGAGUUUUUCGGAAAGGUUCUCAAAGUUUCACAGGCUAAGGCACCCAAGAGUGCAGAGGAUGGACUGGGCAGCAAAACAGCUAUCUGGGAAAAGGAAGGCUGGCUGGCUGAACAUGCAGCAGAUGAUGAGGGAGCAGUGCCAGAUGCUGGACCCGACCCUAUGCAAGGGUUGGAACAGCUCGAUGUUGCAGGACCAAAGCCCGAGUAG